UGCCCUGAAAGGAAGUGGAUUUGCUCCAUUCAGAAGGACCUCGUGUUCAUGAUAGGCCAUGCAUGCCUUCCUUACAAAUUGAACUGUUGGUUGUUUCCAUGACUACGAAAACCAGCGCUGCACCAAUGACUGAUCUUGUGUUGGGCGACACAGCCAUUUUCGCUCUCGGGGGGAAAUAAUAUUGUACUGCGGUAUUAAAACAAGGAUUCUAUUCUUGAAAUACACACAGGCAUACAGGUUGGAUCGCAAUCAUUUAUUUGGUGUGUUGCACAGUUUCCGGACCGUGCACUUCAUUUACGGUUGGGGAAAACUGAUUAUCUUCUGUGAAGCAUUUGUGGAGCUGCGUAUUGUCUUGCGGAAGCUGGUCUGGGAUGCUGUCGGAAUAGAUAUCGAACUCAUCCCAUACUAGGCAACUGAUCCAACAGCAGUGUUUGCGCUCUAUGGACUGCCUGCCUGCCUGCCCGACUCCUCAAAAACAGAAACCAGGAUCACACUUGUCGGACCUUAACCCUGCAUGUCAAUGUGGUGAAAUCUGCUGUGCCGCCGCCCAGAAAACAGAUAUAGGGAGAGGAGCUACAUAAAACAUCACGGAUGUGUUUUCAUUCUAUCACGUAGUGUGUCUCGCUCUUCAUGUCUGGAUAGUGUAAAGCACUGCUGCGACGAGAGACCUUCAACAUGAAUACAGGUAAUGAGUCUCACCUGUCAGAUUCAGAUGUGUGGCAGUCAUACAGCGCCACGGAGAGCCUGAGGAACGGCGACGUCACCACUUCCUCCCUGGCCGCCAAAGGCUUCAGGAGCGUCAGGCCCAAUCUACAGGACAAGAGGUCUCCCACACCAGCCCCACCUCCUCCCAGUCAUAGCUCUCACCUGAGCCCUGUUGGCAGUUCCCCCUCAUCCUACUGCCCUCCUCUACCUGGCCCUGGUGAAUGUUCCUCUAGCUCACUGGUCCUUAGGCACCGGUCCCACUCCUCAGGAACCAUGUCCUCCUAUUCACACUGCCCAGAGAACACCUCUCUCAACCCCAACACCAGGUUAACUGUACCAAGCACCAGUAGCUCCUCCCAAUCUGUCUACAGUCAACCACAGGGAUCCGGCAUGGUCUCCCCAAGACUAACCCCGUUGCAAGUUACUGAGAGCUCUUACACCCCUGGUACAUACCCCCACCAUGAGCCUGUCCUUAAAGACAAGCCACCCCUCCCCCAGAGAGAGAGACACACCUCCUCGCUGUCUAUCCGCAUCACCCCACCCACUCCCCUGGUGGUCACAGUGCCCCUGCUCUGCCAGUACACCCUCCCCUCAGCAGAGCCCCCGUGGACAGGACCCCAGGACACAGGGAUGGCUCUCCUGCUCUUUCCCCCUGCAGGCCGACAAGUGGUCCCUCCGAGACCCCCACACAGAAAGACAUCUCCUGAACCGACACUGCCAGCCUACCAGCCCCCCCUAAACAGGCCCUUUCAUAUACGUCUCUCAUCUGACCCCUCAAAGUCCCCCAGCCACCCCCCACCAGUCCCGGUGGGUCCCCGGACCCACUCCCUGCCCCCCCAGGGCCCCUCCAACCCCGAGCCCAGCCAGAGCGGGGCCAGCUCGGUCCUCAGCUGCUCCUACAGUGAUUUGUCCAAUGCCGUUCUGGAGGAAGAGCUGCAGCACUUUGCCCUGCUGUGUGCCACCGACAGGAGUUCUCAAACGCCCUCGCCCACCCUCAGCCAGACGUCGGCCAUCACCGACGACACUGCGCUCACUGCCACUACCUACACCACCACCGUCGCUAAUAACUACAUGGCAGUGAAUGGGAAUGGCGGGAUCACGGGCAGCUCCUACAGUCACCUCCAGAGGCCCUUCUCCCCUAUGUCCUACCCCCCUCCUCCCUCACUCAGCCCCAGCCUUGGCCUCUUAACACAGGCCAGGAGUGCAGAGGUCCGCUCCCCAGGCUACCCCCGUAUGAGCCGCCCUCCCCCCGCCACCCCAGCAGAGGAGGAGUACCAGGAGGUACCAGGAGCCCCAAGGGGAGGCGAGGGGGGGAAAGCCCCUCACCACGCAGGCAUCGGCCCUGUGGAUGAGUCUGGCAUCCCCAUCGCCAUCAGAACGACCGUGGACAGGCCAAAGGACUGGUAUAAGUCCAUGUUCAAGCAGAUUCACGUGGUACACAAACCAGAAAAUGAAAAUAUGGACCCAUAUAAUACCACCCACACAGUAGUGAAUACCGAUAGACAUCAUCGCUCAGCCCCAGACUAUCGGCCAGCCAAGUCCUUGCAGACCCAUGCUCCGCCCCAGACCCACACGUACCGGCCAAUGACCAAGAGUGUGUCUGACAACAGCACGUGCAAUGUCUUCAGGAACACAAAUUCCUUAACCUCGCCCUCAACCAUGCCCCCCACACCCCCUCCCACACUCUCAUCGGCACAUGUUCGAGAAAGGGAGCGCGAGAGGGACAGAGGCACGGUAGACAAAAACCAAUAUGGACCCCCUGACAGAAAGGUGGACACCAGGAAAUAUCGUGCAGAACCUCGGAGCAUCUUCGACUAUGAACCUGGGAAAUCCUCAAUUUUGGAGCAGGAGAGACAGAAUACUAGUAACUCAAACCCUACUGAGGUAGAUUUAGAGGAUGAGCCUUGGUAUAAGUUCUUUGCUGAGCUGGAGUUUGGACGUCCGCCUCCUAAAAAACGUCUGGAUGAUAUAGUUGAGAGUUCCCUCCAACAGGCCUCUACAGACAGGAACACAGACAGGUCAUCAAGUGUCCACAGCUCAACCAGUGACUACAGGAAGAGGAGGAAGUCCGAGGUAGCAGCCCAGCAGCCCAGACCAGCCAGCACCCUGACCACAAGCCAGAGUACUUCCAGCAGCCUGUCAGGGCACAAUAGCACCACCAGCCACCACCCAGUCUCCUGGCCUGUAGAAUCUCCCCGUAGCAGCAGUUACAGCAGCGGCCUCAACUCCUCAGGACGGCCCUCUGAACCCCCACGUAGCAGUAGUUACAGCAGCGGCCUACGCAAGCCUGUGGCAAGCUCCUCCCCUGCCUCCCCCUCCAAAGCCAAAGGUGGGGAUAUUAGCAAUACCUACUCAGCCCAUUUCAGUUGUCCAGGUCCCUCUCCAGGUCCCAACCACAAUACCUCACAUAACUCAGUGUUUCCUUGUCUUAAUGAUGAGGCUUUUGACUGUGUUGAGCCCCCUGAGGGCUCUGAUGAGAGCCCUGAUGUGUGCCUGAAGAACGGCUGGCAGGCUCAUGUCCAGAGCCAGAAUGCCGAGGCCUGGAGCUCUGCUGAGGAAAAGCCAACCUCUCCCAAACUCAAGUCUUGGAGCUGUGACGACCUCCUGGCAGAAGAUAGAGGAUGUCCGGGAGGUUCUGUAGGUUCACAGGUUCGCUCCGAGAGUGUAGACUUCCUGUCACGUGAGCAGCAGGGCAAAGAUCUCAGCGUCUGUGACAGCCCCCUGAGAGAGCGAACCCAGCACCACUCGGCCCACGAUGCACCAGGCUUCCUCAAGCUGUACAAGAAGAUGCACCACAUCAACAGGCAGGAUCUGAUAGGCUCCCAAAGCUCCCAGGUCAUCUGCUCUGUGAAAGCCCGGAUCCUGGAGUACGAGAGCGAGCUGCACAAGGACCGGCUGGCCGGCUGGAGGGGCUACAGCGAAGAGGUGCCCCAGGACAUGGUGCACAACAGGAUCUCUGAGUUCGAGAGCCUCAUCCAGAAGUCUAAGUCCAUGCCCAACCUAGGGGGUGGGGGUGAGGGUGAGAUUAACCCAGGGGGCCCGUCCGGGAGGGGCAGCAGCCCCCAGCGAUGCUUCUCCAUCGAGUCCCUGCUAGACGAGGACCCCCCUGCCAGGAACCGCCCUGAGGGCCAGCCACACUACCCCAGGAUCAACACCCCCACUACCAACAACUGUGUGCCCAUACACAUCCAGAUCACUGGAGACCACCACCACGUCUACCCCCAGAGACCAGCUUCCCAGCAGGAAGUCUACUCAGACAGUGAUCACGACGCCAUCAGGUCCCAUCUCAGUGACUUCAUCCAGAUAGAGGGAUCUUCCUUCUGUAGUGAGAGUGACUACGACCGCUGCUCUCGGACGUCAUCUGAGAGCCCCUACGGCUCAGGCCACUAUCACCACCAACACCGUCAUCAUAACCUUAACCAUAACCAGCAGAAGCACCUGGUCAGCAACUGUAAGGGCCGAUGCCCUGCCUCCUACACACGCUUCAGCACCAUGCUCAAACACGAGAGGGCCAAGCAGCUGACAACCGAGGACCCAGAGUCAGCCCAGUCCAAGCUGGCCUUCCUUGUGAGUCCGGUACCGUUCAGGAGGAAGAGGGGCUCCCCUCCCCACAGCCACAGGCAGGCCGUCUCCACCCACAGCAGGCCCCCUCAUAAGAGCUCCAUGUACGAGGCUCUGGACGAAGCCCUGAGGGACAUCUAUGAACACAUCCGGGCUGAGAGGAGGAGGGGAAGCCUGCCCGACAACAGAAUCCUCCACAAGCUCCUGGACGAGCUGCUGCCAGACAUCCCAGAGAGGAGCUCCUCCCUCAGGGCACUGGGCAGACACAGCCCCAGCCCGGGACCCAGCCCCGUCCCUGGGCCCCAGAGCCUGGAGCAGGAGCAGCCAUACCCCUCUCAGCCUGACGGCAUGCCCAGCCCAACCUGCUACCAGCCUGAGUACAGCCGCCUCUCACACAGUGCUUCCUAUCACCUCACAGACCCCAACAACAACAGCCAUGUCUGUGAAGACGACUACUACCAAGACCAGGACCCCACCAGGGGCCACUGUUACGCUGAUGGGGGCUGCCACACCCCCCAGAUCAGGAUACCAACCCCUGAAGUCAGAGAGCCAGCCAGAGCUGUAUACGACUUCAAGGCACAGACAGGGAAGGAGCUGACAUUCAGGAAGGGGGAGACGGUGUACAUCAUCAGGCAGAUUGACAACAAUUGGUAUGAAGGAGAGCACCGUGGACUGCUGGGGAUCUUCCCCAUCUCCUAUGUGGAGAAAAUCCCUGUCUCUAAGAAGCAGCAGCCAGCCAGACCUCCCCCGCCAGCCCAGGUCAGAGAGAUUGGUGAAGCAGUGGCUCGCUACAACUUUAAUGCUGACACCAACGUGGAGCUCUCACUGAGAAAGGGUGAGAGGGUGAUUCUGCUGAGCCAGGUAGACCAGAACUGGUAUGAAGGGAAGAUCCCAGGGAGCAACAAGCAGGGCAUCUUCCCCGUGACCUACGUAGAUGUAGUGGUCAAGAAGUCCCCCACUGCCAAGAACCCCGCCCACCACUACCUAGAACCCUCUUCUUUACCCCAGAGCCUAUCCGCUGACAGGAUUCACCCUGUGGGUUCGGCCAAGCCCCAACGGCCAUUGUUUACCCAAGAUGCCCUGAAUUGUGGUGGAGAGGCGUUCCAGGUCCUGUAUAACUAUGCUCCACGUAAUGAGGAUGAGUUGGAGCUCAAGGAAGGGGACAUUGUUGAUGUGAUGGAGAGGUGUGACGACGGCUGGUUUGUAGGCACAUCCAGAAGAAGCACGUUUUUUGGAACCUUUCCUGGAAACUACGUGAAGCGGCUAUAACCUUGUUCUCAUGAUGUCCAGCAAAACUGCAGUGGUUGUAUAACUCAGUGGGUGAAUAACCAAUAUAUUCAGACUGGACAAAAACAUUACAUUCAUCUAUGACUAGUUAUUUUCAUUUAAAAAAAACUUUUCCAGGAGUGACAGUGCAUUUACUAAUUUGAUGAAUAGGAGAAGAUAUGAACCCAGUGGCCUUGAAGGAAUAUAUUUCAUGUUUGAUUUAAGGGUAUUCUACUCUACUAACUGUGAGGAUGUCUCAGUGCAUACAGUGGAUGCAACAAAUAAGGUUGAAAGCAGAUUUGGUCAUAAACAAAUAUGAGUUAUUUGUGCGUAAUGAGAGUUAUUUACAGUGAAGGGAUGCCUUAUAGACUAAUGGGUUUCACAAUAAUGAAGUAACCAAGUGCCCUAUUUACCAUGUAUUUAUUUAUACAUAAAUAUAUAUUUUUCUUGUUCUGGAAGUACUCUAUAAUUGAUUAUGCUAAUUGACAUUAGGAGAGUGUGUUAUUAACCUUUUUGGAGAGGGGUUGUCCUCUUGCUUCAUCCAGUUAAAGUGCAGGGGACCUGAACUUGGAUCUGUACAGGCAGGCAGAAAGAGAUGACAGUGUUGUUGUGUUAGUUUUAUACAGGCAAUUAGGGUUCCUCCUCAAUGCAUCCGUUAGCACAUGGCUUUGGACAGACACAUAGUUCAUGUAUUCAGGCAGUUACCUCUGACUGGAGCUAAUGUCUUGUCCGGUUUUGUUUUUCUCUCCUGACAUUCCUAUAAGUAUUCAUAAAAAGAAAGAGAAGACUUUUAUGUAAUUGGACAAUAUAUAUUUUUUAAAAGCAAUGUCUUCUUUUUACAACUUGGGUAGAGUGAUCUGUUAAUUUAAGAUUGUUCUUUAAUAUAUGAUCAUUUUACAAUGUUCUCCUUAUUGCGAACUGUCAAAUUAUUUGAAAUGAUUUAAAUAUCUUAGGGACAACUCACCUGCCACAAAUCCUGUAUAAAAGUGUAAAACAUAUUUGAUGUCAUUGAAUUUACUGUCUGUAUGCAUUCAGCUCCAAAUCAGUGUUUGAUUUAUGCAAUAACCAUUCUCCCAAAUACCUGCCUUUCUGUUCUAGAACACAGAGCAACAAAAUGACAGAAGGAUUGGAAGUGAUGAUGUUGUUGAUGAUGACAUGUAAUAAAGUCAUCAUGUAACUUUGUGUUCACUACUGCCUAAACACACCAUACCGUAUAGUAUGUCCUGUACAGUGUAUGUCCCUGUGAUUAAAAAACAUCCACUGCCUCCAUCA